UCUAAUCUAUAUGGCAGUCGAGUGUUCACUUUCCCUCUGCUACUCCUCUGUCCUCUUUUUCCUCCUCCUGUGUCUUCUUCUUCUCUCUUUCUUUCGUUUCUGUGAGUUCUCUUGCACUGAGAUUAUCGUUCCUACAGAUUUGAAGCUCUGCAGAAAUCAACAAGAAGAAGAAUCAACUGAAGAGCAGAGACAUGUCUGAAACCCAGGAUAUGCGGUGACAGCUUCGAAAGGCUCUGGGAAAGAGGAGGAGAAGAAGAAGAAGAAUAGAUAUAAAGUUAGGAGGAGAUGGAAGUGAAAUCUGAACCUCUAGAAGUGGAAGUGAAAUCUAAACCUCUAGAACUGUCGGAAAGCAAGUAAAGGAUGGAAGAUCCUGAGGAUCAAAUGACUAUAGCCCAGUUCUCUAAAACUCGGCAACAACUCCCUCCUCCACACACUCUAAAGCGGAAGCGAAAUGCAUGGAGGAAGAGAAAUCCAAAUCUGCUUCGGUUCUGGAAUUCAUCACCUCCACUUUCUUCUCCUAAUCAUAAUCAGGUAGUUCCUGAUCAGGGAGAGAAGAAUAGAAGUAGGAGAAGGAUGUAUUGGAGCAGUGUUGGAGCUAACUCAUGUUCAAUGAAGCAAGCUAAGGAACUUCAAAAGAAAUUAGUACCAGAGAAAAUGCCUACUUGCGUGAAAUUUAUGUGUCCAACCUAUGUCGGCAGUUAUUUUUGGAUGAGACUUCCACUUGAUUUCUGCAAAUUGAACUUACCGAAAGAAGAUUGUGUCAUUACAUUGGUAGAUGAAAAUUGUGAAGAGUACGAAACGAAAUACAUCCCUGGAAGAGCGGUACUAAGUGGUGGAUGGAGGGCAUUCUCUGUUGCACACAAAUUGGUUCCAAAAGAUACAGUUCUGUUCCAACUUAUCAAGGCUACUAAACUCAAGGUGUACAUUUUAAGGGAAAAAGUUGCUAAAAAGGUCAUUCUUAAUACGAGCAGUGAUGGAUCUAACUCACAUUCAAUGAAGCAAGCGAAGGAACUUCGAAAGAAAUUAGCACUAGAGAAAAUGCCUUUGAGCAGUGAUGCAGCUAACUCACAUUCAAUGAAGCAAGCUAAGGAACUUCGAAAGAAAUUAGCACUAGAGGAAAUGCCUACUUGCAUGAAAUUUAUCCGUCCAAGCCAUGUCAGUGGUUGUUUUUGGCUGAGACUUCCAGUUGAUUUCUGCAAAUUGAACUUACCGAAAGAAGAUUGUAUCAUUACAUUGGUAGAUGAACGUGGUGAAGAGUACGAAAUGAAAUACGUCGCUGAAAGAGUAGGAAUUGGUGGUGGAUGGAGGGCAUUCUCUGUUGCACACAAAUUGGUUCCGAAAGAUACAGUUCUGUUCCAACUUAUCAAGGCAACUAAAUUCAAGGUGUACAUUCUAAGGGAAAAUGUUGCUAAAAAGGAAACUCUUACUGAGGAAGACAAUGUAGAUGAGGGAGCAUCUCAUCACUUAUCUGAUCUUCAAAAGAAAAAUCAGAAUGCUAUCCCUCCAGGAUCAACUUAUAACCCUGGACCACCAGCUGGGGAACAGUUUGAAAAUGAAAGUUAAGAUGUUGGAUCUCAAGAUUUGGAAGGCAUCAGAUUCGCAACAGCAUCCAUGGAAUUUAAAAAUGUGAAAAACUUUGAGGAUUUCACCGUUAUAGUGAAUGGUUGGAAUAUAGAUUCUGAACUUCCUGAACAUGUUCGAGCCAAGUAUUAUGAGCUCUGCUGUAGUCAAAAGGCUUUCCUUCACUGCAAUCUUACUCCAGUCAUCAAUUGUAAAUUGAUUACUGAAAUUAUUUCUGGGACUGUGAAAGUGGCGAACUUCAUACGAUCUUGCAAACUUAUUACUGCCUCCAAGAAUGACUUUGCAAAUUGGAACAAAUGUUUGGAUGCCUUUGAGAGUAUGGGCAUGAAUGUUGGCUUUUUACAAGCUCGAUUGCAGCAGCUUGUGAAGCUGUACAAUGAAGCUAUGCUCAAAAGAGCUUGUUUGGAAGGGAAAA